GAGAACCUGUUGAUAGAUGAAGACCACAACCUGAAACUGAUAGACUUUGGUCUCUGUGCCAAACCAAAGGCUGAUGUGUGGAGUAUGGGGGUGCUGCUGUUUGCUCUGCUCUGUGGAUAUCUGCCCUUUGAUGACGACAACUGUAUGGUCCUCUACAGGAAAAUCACCAGAGGUAGUUACAACAACCCUCAUUGGCUGUCUCCUGGGAGCAUCCUGCUACUCAACCAGAUGAUGCAGGUGGAUCCUAAGCAUCGUGUGACCAUCAGACAACUCCUAGACCAUCCCUGGACGAUGUCUGGCUAUGGCACCCCUGUAGAGUGGCACAGCAAGCAACCUUUGGGUCACAUAGAUGAGGACUGCAUCACUGAGAUGUCCGCCAGCCUGAAUAACUCCAGACAGAGCACCCUACAGCUGGUCAAUGAGUGGAAGUACGACCAGACCACUGCCACCUACCUGUUGCUGCUCUCUAAGAAACAGAGAGGGAAACCUGUCCGGAUCAGGCCUCAACUUCCUGUCUGUGAUGUCAUGUCCUGUUCACCUCAACGCCUGGGUGUACAGAAGACUCUACUCUUCGAUGAUGAUGAUGAUGCUGAUGAUGCUGAGGACCGUUGCUAUAAAGUGACGACCUGCCCUGGGUUCGCUCACACCCCAGCAAGAGAGGACACGCACCACCACCGUCACCGGAGGCGGGAUGAGAAUAAACACGCCCCCACUCCGGAGAGAGCCAAUCCGCACCACCACCGUCACCAGGAGAGGCGGGACCGAUGCCGGGAACGGACCAAUGAAAACAAAGAGAACGUUGCCGUGGCCAAUAAGGAUGCUGAUAUAUUUGCUUUGCCCGCCCCCGAUCCCCAGUAG